GAUCUUACUCCCCCUCCCUCUCCUCCAAUUAGAAUUAGAGCUAGAGAUAAAGAUGAGUUACUCUUCUCUCAUGUCUAUAAUAAAAGAGCUACUCUUCCUCCUUCCUCCAGCUCUUGUAUCCCUCUUUCUCUACAUCAACCUCAUCAAAUGGAUUAAGAGAAAGAAGCCCAACCUCCCCCCUGGAGGUUUGGGAUGGCCUUUCCUUGGCGAGACCUUCUCCUACCUCAAGCCUCACCUUGCCACCUCCAUGGGCCAAUUCAUGGAACAACAUAUAUCAAGGUAUGGGAAGAUCUACAGGUCCAGUCUUUUCGGUGAGCCGACGAUAGUAUCGGCCGAUGCCGGCUUGAACCGGUUCAUACUGCAGAACGAGGGGAGAUACUUCGAGUGUAGCUACCCAAAGAGCAUCAGCGGUAUACUUGGGAAGUGGUCGAUGCUCGUUCUAGUCGGAGAGAUGCACCGAGAGAUGAGGAUGAUCUCACUCAACUUCAUGAGCAAUGCAAGGCUCCGGUCAUACCUCCUCCCUGAGGUGGAGCGCCACGCUUGGCUAGUUCUUAAGUCUUGGAAGGAGAAUUCAGCCUUCUCGGCCCAAGAGGAAGCAAAGAAAUUUACCUUUAAUUUGAUGGCAAAGAAUAUAAUGAGCAUGAAUCCAGGAGAACCUGAGACUGAGAAGUUGAGACGAGAGUAUAUAACCUUCAUGAAGGGAGUGGUAUCUGCCCCACUGAACUUCCCUGGAACUCCAUAUUGGAAGGCUCUAAAGUCAAGGUCGACCAUCCUUAAGGUGAUCGAACUGAGAAUGAAUGAAAGAUUCCAAAAGAUGAGCAAGGGGCAAGAAAGAAUUGAGGAAGAUGAUCUCCUUGGAUGGGCUCUAAAGCAGUCCAGUCUUUCUAAAGAGCAGAUCCUUGAUCUCUUGCUAAGCUUGCUCUUUGCUGGCCAUGAAACCUCAUCUAUGGCUUUAGCUUUAGCCAUCUUCUUCCUCGAAGGCUGCCCAAAAGCUGUCCAAGAACUGCAGGAAGAACACCUCCAGAUCGCCUGCAGGAAGGGACUAAAAGGAGAGUCUGGACUAAACUGGGAAGACUAUAAGCAAAUGGAUUUCACCCAAUGCGUUAUAAAUGAGACACUGCGGCUAGGGAACGUGGUUAAAUUCGUGCACAGAAAGGUUCUUCAUGACUUCCGGUACAAAGGGUAUGACAUUCCCUGUGGAUGGAAGAUUCUUCCAGUGUUUGCAGCAGUUCACUUGGACUCUUCUUUGUAUGAUGAUCCUCAUCACUUCAAUCCUUGGAGGUGGCAGAGGAGCUCCCUUUGCGAGACAGCAACAAACAACUUCAUGCCAUAUGGCGGCGGGCCCCGUCUAUGUGCAGGCUCCGAGCUCGCCAAGCUCGAGAUGGCAGUUUUCUUGCACCACCUUGUGCUCAACUUCCGGUGGGAAUUGGCUGAGCCCGACCAAGCCUUUGCCUACCCCUUCGUGGACUUCUCUAAAGGUCUACCAAUAAAGGUCCACAAAAUCACAUGAUACUCGAGUGGUUAGAGUUUGGAAGACCAUUAAUUUGGGCUCAACAAUAAUGUAAAAAAUGGAGAAAAAAGGAGCCACGAUAUACAUAUGUGCAAGCUUGCAUGAGAGCUUUUGCCCACUUUCAUGUAUAGAUGGGCCAACACGAGCAAUGGGCUUAUGUGUUUGUUUGGCUUUCUAUGGCUCUGGCUUGGCCUUUGAGCAUUGUUGAGGAAGGAUAGCAUUUUGGUGAUUACAAUGUAUUAGUCAUUUCUAAUCAGUAGAUAAAGAAGACAAAGAAUUAUA